AUCCUCUGGAUUCACAACAAUGAGAGUGUUGAUAUUAUUGAGCCUGCUUGGCCUGGCGUUUGCCACCGAAGAUGUCUUCCUGAACUUCGCCAAGGAGUUCAACAAGUCCUACAAGGAUGGAAAGGAUCUUAUCAGCAGAAGGGCUAUCUUCAUGAACAACUAUGAAAAAAUGGUGAAGCACAAUGAAAGGUAUGAGGCUGGUCUUGAGAGCUGGGCCCAGAAGGUUCACGAGGAUAUGGAUCUCACCAGUGCAGAGUGGAUGAGUAAGAGGACAGGUGGACUUCCUUUGUAUGAUGAAAAGACCGAAUUCGUUGAUACUCUUGAUGAAAGAAUUGUUGCCAAGCUGAAGGAAAUGAAAGGAACUCCCAGGGAGUUUAGCUGGACUGACAGUGGUGCUGUUACCUCUGUGAAAAACCAGGCGCAAUGUGGAAGCUGUGCGGCCUUUUCAGUAAUUGGAGCUGUAGAAUCUUGCUUCAACAUCCAGAGAGGAAAAGUUAUUGAUGAUCUCUCUGAACAACAUAUCCUGGAUUGUGCAUACAACCACCAGGUUUCUGAUGAAAGUGGUACAUGGGGAGCAUUCGGUUGUGAUGGAGCUUGGCCUAAUGCGUAUGUUGACUGGCUGAUGGGAAAAAACUACAACCAAAUUGAGUCUGCUUACCCAUACACAUCUGGCAGCUCUGGACAAGUUGGAUCAUGCAAAGCUUCCAGUAAUGGAGCAUACACAGAUGCUUGGGUUACUGGUAUGUACAAUGUCUGGUACUGCAAAGAGUCAGACAUGGAGAACCUUGUCAUGAUCAACCCUGUCAGUACUUCUCUUCAGGCUACAGAUAACUGGGGUGGAUACAGUCAUGGUGUAAUGGAUGAUAGAAUGUGCUGUGAUGCCGCAACCGAUUCCAGCUGUAUUUACAACCUGAACCAUGCUAUCCUUGUUGUUGGAUUUGGACAUGAUACUGCAUCCGGACUAGACUACUGGCUUAUCAAGAACUCAUGGGGAUCACGUUGGGGAGAGUCUGGAUACAUGAAGCUGAAGAGAGGAACUGGACAUUGUGGAGUUGGAUCACUUCAUCAAACUAUUCCUCAUUGUUAACUUUUAGAUUGAAAUAUAUUGAUAAGAUCAUA